AAAUAAGUAAUCCCUAUAAGUAACCUUGACUGAUUGAGUAACCUCUAUUAGUAAUCCAUAACCGAUUGAAUAACUCUUGAAUUAGUAAUCUCUGACCGAUUGAAUAACCCCUGAAAAAUAACCCCUAACUGACUGAUGGCCUCCUAAAUAAAUAACCCCAACCACACGAUGUGACCAACCACAUAUAAAAAAAAACAUUGUAUAGGUGGUGCUAAUGACAUUGAUUUUAGAUACGCCGUGACAAAACUUCCAUUUCCGGUAAUUCCUCCUUUCCACUUCCCCUCCGCACUCAACAGAUAACCAAACCCAUUACACCCAAACUCCAAUUUUCUCUCUCCUCCCCAAUACACUCUCUUCCAUGGCUCAUUUCUCCGCCUAACAAAAAAAAAAACCUCCAUUUUACACUACUUUCUCUCUCCUCUGUCUUCUCUCAUGGCGUCUACUCUCUGUUUUCCGGCGACUUCCGCCGGAAUUCGCAACCGGAAGUCGGUUCCUCAGCUCAAUCUUCGCCGGUGUUGGCGCAUUCGCUGCUCAUUGGACUCCGAUAUCUCCGAUAUGAGUACUAAUGCUCCAAAGGGAUUGUUUCCCCCAGAACCUGAACGUUACAAGGGCCCAAAGCUAAAGGUGGCAAUUAUUGGAUCAGGACUUGCUGGCAUGUCCACUGCAGUUGAGCUUUUGGAUCAAGGGCAUGAGGUGGAUAUAUAUGAAUCAAGGCCUUUUAUAGGUGGAAAGGUGGGCUCUUUUGUUGACAAAAAGGGAAACCACAUCGAAAUGGGACUGCAUGUCUUCUUUGGGUGCUAUAACAAUCUGUUCAGAUUGCUGAAAAAGGUAGGCGCUGAAAAUAAUCUACUGGUCAAGGAUCAUACUCAUACCUUUGUGAACAAAGGAGGUGAAAUUGGAGAGCUUGACUUCCGGUUUCCUGUUGGAGCUCCAAUACAUGGAAUUCGGGCAUUUUUGGCAACAAAUCAACUUCAGCCUUAUGACAAAGCCAGAAAUGCAUUGGCUCUUGCACUGAGUCCAGUUGUACGUGCCCUUGUUGAUCCAGAUGGAGCUAUGCAGGAUAUACGGAAUUUGGAUUCUAUAAGCUUCUCAGAUUGGUUUUUAUCAAAAGGUGGAACACGUGCAAGCAUUCAAAGAAUGUGGGAUCCUGUUGCCUAUGCUCUUGGGUUUAUUGAUUGUGAUAAUAUCAGUGCGCGUUGUAUGCUCACUAUAUUCUCAUUGUUUGCCACAAAGACAGAGGCUUCAUUGCUACGCAUGCUCAAGGGUUCCCCUGAUGUUUACCUGAGCAGACCGAUCAGAAAGUAUAUCGAAGAGAAAGGAGGAAGGUUUCAUUUAAGGUGGGGAUGCAGAAAAAUUCUUUAUGACCGAUUCCCAAAUGGAGAGACAUAUGUAACAGGAAUGGCCAUCUCCAAGGCCACAAAUAAGAAAACUGUGAGGGCUGACGCUUAUGUUGCAGCUUGUGACGUUCCUGGAAUAAAAAAAUUGUUGCCAGCGGAGUGGAGAGAUAUGGAAUUAUUCAACAAUAUCUAUGAGCUUGUUGGAGUGCCUGUUGUCACUGUGCAACUUAGAUACAAUGGAUGGGUCACAGAAUUGCAGGAUCUACAACAAUCUAGGCAACUGAAGCAAGCAACAGGACUGGACAAUCUCCUGUACACACCGGAUGCAGAUUUUUCUUGUUUUGCAGACCUGGCUCUGACUUCACCAGAAGAUUACUAUAUUGCAGGGCAAGGGUCACUCCUCCAGUGUGUUCUUACACCAGGAGAUCCUUACAUGCCAUUACUAAAUGAAGAAAUUAUAAAAAGAGUUUCAGAGCAGGUUUUGAAAUUAUUUCCAUCUUCCCGAGGCUUGGAUGUCACUUGGUCAUCUGUUGUCAAAAUUGGGCAGUCUUUAUACCGCGAGGGUCCUGGAAAAGAUCCCUUUAGACCUGAUCAAAAGACUCCUGUUAACAACUUCUUCCUUGCCGGGUCAUACACAAAGCAGGAUUACAUAGAUAGUAUGGAGGGCGCAACUCUGUCAGGCAGGCAGGCAGCUGCUUACAUAUGUGACGCUGGAGAAGAUCUUUUUGCAUUAAGGGAGAAACUCCCUGCCAUAGAAUCUCUAGAAUUUACUAUAACUUCCCCCUCUCAGUUAAGUCUCGUAUGAUUAUUGCACAUAAUUCUUAGCUCCCUAACUUUUUACCACCUUCAUGCAUUGUAAUAUUCUGGCGGUAGUCCCUCACUUAAAUGUAUAUUUAUUUAUACGAUGAACAUGUAUGGUCAAAAUGUGUAAUAUAAUCUGCAUAUUCUUCAAGCAAAUCUACUAGUACUUGUUAAUUUUUAAA